AUGGCUCCUGGUGAUUCAGGGAUGCUGCCCCAGUACUUCUCCAUGUGUGGAGCUAAGAAGCAGGGCAGAGACCUAAGAGAGGGCAGGGACCACCUUCGGGGCCACCCUGGGCAGAGUCCCCUUCUGGGCUAUCUGUCCCUGCAGAAGCCCUUGGCCUUGCUCUUUGGACCCCAGGGUCUUCAGGAAAGAGGCCACAACAAGGCUGGACACCACCUGGUAGAGCCGGGGCGCACGGCUCUGGGGCAGCAGGCAGCGCCCCAGGCCGUGAAGGAGGGAGAGUGGAAGCAGGUGCUGGCCUUGGCGAGGUUGCCAGAGUGGUGGGUGGGCCCUCGGGAAGAUGAGGGUCCCAGCAGUGAGGCUGAGGGCUUGAGCUUUGUUCUCCUGGGGUCUGAGCCCCCAGUGCAGGGGGAGGAGCAGGAGGAGGGGCACAGGGUCCCAGAGCUCAUCGACAGAACCGAGUCCCUGAACCGCUCCAUCAGGAAGAGUGAGGGAGCAUGGGGUGUGACCCUUCUCCUACCCUCCAGUAACAGCGUGAAGAAGUCCCAACCAGCCUUGCCCAUCUCCAAGAUUGAUGAGCGACUGGAGCAGUACACACAGGCCAUUGAGACUGCUGGCCGGACCCCCAAGCUGACCCGCCAGCCCUCCAUUGAGCUGCCCAGCAUGGCUGUGGCGAGCACCAAGAGCCGGUGGGAGACAGGAGAAGUGCAGGCUCAGUCCACUGCCAAGACCCCCUCUUGCAAGGAUAUCGUAGCUGGAGACAUGAGCAAGAAAAGCCUCUGGGAGCAAAAAGGAGGCUCCAAGACGUCAUCGACAAUUAAGCAGAGCACUCCGUCUGGAAAGAGGUACAAGUUUGUGGCCACCGGACAUGGGAAGUAUGAGAAGGUGCUUGUGGACGAGGGCUCGGUGCCCUAGGCUGCCCUUCUUGCUUUCCUGAGACCGCAGACAGCUCGGGCAGCACCCUCCGCCCUCGCAGGGGCGAGUCCAGCCAGACGCCCACCCCGGCCCUGCCACGGGAGCCGCUGCCGUCGCCUGCCUGGCCUGCCCGCGCCCGGCCAACACCCACCACCGUCGCCGUCUCUCCACUCCUCGACCCCCCCGACCGCUCUCCCCUCCCGCUCUCUGACCCCCACUCUACCUCGCACAGCAGGGGCAGGAGAGGGACUCUCACUGGUGAUUGACCAAAGGGGCCGCCCCCGCAGAGACCAAGAGUCCCCGAGGAAGGCCCAGCCUGGGCAGAGAGAGGACACGUGCUGGGGGACCUCCAGGUCAAGAGACACCAGCGCCUGCACCGCAUUCUCAGGCCCUGCCCCCUCCCUGCUCCCGGCUUGCAGCCUUGUCCUCCGUGUGCAAUAAAGCUCCUUGUGUGUUCCAA